AAAUCUCGUGUGGGAGGACGACACUUCCGCCUUCACUGUGACUCUACGUCGUUGAAUCGCAUAAUUUUUGGCAGUAUUGUUCUCCAGGUUUUUUUUAAUCAUUUAAACGAUUAAUUUCAUCAGUAUGCCUAGGGACAGAAAGGAAAGUGAUGUUCCUAAUGACAGUGAAGAGGACAGUUCUUCGGAAGAUUCUUCAGGUUCUGAUUCUGGGAGUAGCAGUUCAGGGAGCAAUGGAUCUGAGUCAGACUCUAAGAAAACUUCAGGAGAUAAACGUGACUCUUCUCACAAGACUGGUUCACCUGGUAGAGCUGGAAGGAACAAUGAGAUUAAUUCUUCGGGGAGAGAGAAAGAAAAAUCUGGCGAAAAUGGAUCUGAUCAUGGACGUGACAAUGAUGGUUACAAGCAUAGAAACAGCAGAGAUAAAACUGAUGAAAGAACUAAAGUCAAAGAUGCAGAAGGUGAUAUUAGCAGUGACGGAGAGCAGAUCACAAGAUCUGGGCCCCGCAGUACAAUAGUUCAGAAAUCAUCAGUUACAAGAAAAGAUAGUGAAACAAAAGAAAGAUCUGAAGAUUCAGGGAAGCGGACACUUUUCAAAGAACCAGAGAAAAGAGACAGAGAGCGUCGUGAUGAUGAUGAGGAAAGUCAAAGAAGACGCAGGACACGUUCUCGAAGUCCAAGAAAUCGAGAAAGUGAGCGUGGAAAGGAUUAUCGAGGAAGGGAUGAUAAGCCACGAAGGCCAGACAAUAGAGAUGACAAAGGUAGACAGAGGGAUCGUGAUGAUGACAGUCGUAAGCAUGAGAAUCGAAGACGAGAAGAACGGCAAGAUAAUACGAUCGAUCAAGAUAGGGAUGAAGGGAAUCAAGAAGAACGCUCAAGACGAGACAGAGAACCAAGUGGCCAGAGGAAAGUUAGGGAUGAAGGACACCAGGACAAUGACAGAUCAAGACGAGACAGGGAUGGAGAGUCUGGGCGACGAGGCCGGGAUGAGGGGAGGCGAGAUGACUGGAGAAGGGAGAGAGAAACCACACGCGCACGAUCCAAUGAUAGGGACAGGCGACAUGAGAGAGACAGAGACUUGAGGAAUGAUGUCAGACAGAAUGAUGACAAAGAAAACCGUAGAGAUGAAAACACAUCUCGCAAAAGGCCAGCAGAUGAAGGUGAGCAGGUAAAAGGGAAAGAAGAUGUGGGUCAACCAGUGGAGAAGAAAAGCAAAACUGGUGAAGAAGAACUUUUGACGUCUCGUACUGGAGGAGCUUACAUUCCUCCAGCCAGGCUUCGCAUGAUGCAAGCUCAGAUUACAGAUAAGAGCAGUGUUCCCUAUCAGCGCAUGGCAUGGGAAGCACUUAAAAAGAGCAUCAAUGGUCUCAUUAACAAGGUGAACGUGUCCAAUAUAGUGGACAUUGUCCGAGAACUUCAAGAAAACAUUGUUCGAGGAAGUGGUCUUUUGGCAAGGUCUGUUAUACAAGCCCAGGCAGCAUCACCCACAUUCACACAUGUGUAUGCUGCCCUUGUAGCAAUAAUCAACACAAAGUUUCCACAAAUAGGAGAGCUUAUUCUUCAACGACUUAUCCUUCAGUUCAAGAGAGGAUAUCGUCGAAAUGACAAAAGUCUUAGCAUGUCUUCAACUCGCUUUAUUGCGCAUCUAGUCAACCAGCAAGUGGCACACGAAGUUAUCUCACUGGAGAUCUUGACUUUGCUUCUGGAGAACAAAACAGAGGACUCAGUUGAAGUUGCUAUUAGUUUUCUGAAGGAAUGUGGACAAAAACUAAUGGAACUCUGCCCUAAAGGAAUAAAAGCCUCCUUUGACAGCUUGCGCAGUAUUCUUCAUGAGGGGCAGAUUGACAAGCGUGUGCAGUACAUGAUAGAAGUCAUGUUUGCCAUCAGGAAGGAUGGAUUCAAAGACCACCCUGCCGUCAUUGCUGACCUUGACCUUGUGGAAGAAGAUGACCAGUUUACUCACUUGUUGCUCUUGGAGAACGUCACGACUGCUCAGGAUGAAUUGAAUGUCUUUAAAGCUGAUGACCAUUACAUUGAAAAUGAGGAAAACUACAAGACUCUCAAAAAAGAAAUUCUUGAUGAAGGUAGCUCUGAUGAAGAGUCUGGAGAUGAAUCAGGAUCUGAGAGCUCCAGUGAAGAGGAACAAGAAGAAGAAGCUAAACAAGACAUUAUAGACAACACAGAAACUAACAUGGUGGCACUGCGGCGAACAAUCUACCUCACCAUUCAAUCAAGUCUCGAUUUUGAGGAAUGUGCGCACAAGCUGCUCAAGAUGGAGAUGAAACCAGGACAAGAUGUUGAACUUUGCUAUAUGAUUUUGGACUGUUGUGCCCAGCUCCGUACAUAUGAAAAGUUCUUUGGUCUUCUUGCUCAGCGAUUCUGCCAGCUGGACAAAAAGUACGUUGAGCCAUAUCAAAACAUUUGUGAGCAGUUUGAAACUAUUCAUCCUGACACAAACAAGCUUCGCAAUGUUGCCAAGUUUUUUGCCCACCUUCUGCACACAGAUGCCAUUUCCUGGGGGGUGAUGAGCUGUAUGAAGCUAACUGAAGAAGACACAACCUCUGCCAGCAGAAUUUUCAUUAAGAUUCUCUUCCUUGAGCUUUCAGAGUACAUGGGAUUGCCCAAGUUAAAUGCUCGACUCAGAGAUCCAACUCUCCAAGAAUAUUUUGAAGGGAUCAUGCCUCGAAAUAAUCCUAAAGACACUCGCUUUGCAAUCAAUUUCUUCACCACCAUUGGCCUAGGAGGUCUGACGGAGGACUUACGAGAACAUCUGAAGGGAAUCUCCAAGCAGUUGAUGCAGCAGAAGCAACAGCAGCAGCAGGAUCAAGCCCAGUCCAGCUCCAGUUCUGACAGUUCAGAGUCGGGUAGCUCGGACUCCGGGAGCUCCGAUAGCUCAGAGUCAGACAGUUCUGAUUCUGACAGCUCUGAUUCAGAUUCUGAGAGCUCGGAGAGUUUCUUCUAACUCAGAAGCAGAAAGGAGAAGGAGAAGAAAGACACUGGGAUGGGGGAGGCAAGAUGCGGCACACGCAGACCUCAAGGUCAAAGGAGAGCAAACAGGCGGACCAGGGCAGAGAGCGGCUGGAUGCCGGAGGUAUGAAUGGCGUAACUCGCGCAGAUGGCAGACCACGCAUUGAGGACAAACUCUUGAACUAAGUCUGGCAGGAGAAGCUCCAAUCAUAGAUUUCUCUCACAGCAGGGCUCUUCCAUCCCCACAAGACAGAAGCAAAGAGGGAAUCGCCCAAAGGGCAAACGAGGGUUUAGGAAAACGCCAGGGACGCAGGAACAUAGGCUCA